UGUCCCGGCCCCUCCGGUGGCGGCGCUGCUGCGAAUCACGUUAAGCUCAAUAGCGGCUCUCAGAUCUUCGCUCCUUCUCUACAGUGUUUCGGACACGCGUGUAAGAAUCCUGCGCUAUGGAUCCCGACGAAAAGAAAGACUCGUCGAAAUAUGGUGAGGCUAGGAAGUUCGACCCCAACUUCAAAGGUCCCAUCUAUAAUCGGGGUUGCACUGAUGUCCUUUGCUGCAUCCUGUUCGUUUUGGCCUUGCUGGGCUACUUUGUGGUGGGGAUAGUGGCCUGGUCCCAGGGUGACCCCAGGAAGGUGAUUUACCCCACAGACAGCAGCGGUCAGUUCUGUGGCCAAGCAGGUACCCGGCUGGAGAAGAAGCCGUUUCUGUUUUACUUCAACAUCAUGAAGUGUGCCAGCCCCCUGGUGCUGCUGGAGUUCCAGUGUCCCACCACUCAGAUCUGUGUGGAAAAGUGUCCUGACCGGUUCUUGACCCUGAAGAAGGUCGUUUCGAGUAAGAACGACCAGGAUUACUACAAGGCCUACUGCAAGGAAGGGACCGACCUUUCAACAACGAACCUUCUUCAGAUUCUGAAGGAUGGCCUGUGUCCUGCCAUGGUUAUUCCCAGCAGGCCUUUUACACACAGGUGUUUCCCGGCUCUCGGCAAAAACAAAGCCGGUGCGGUCGUCGUGGGCAACAGAACCGUGUUUGAUGACGGGUCGGACAUGAUAAACUCCACAGACCUCCUGGAAGGCGCAAAGAGUUCUAACAAAGUUAAGGAGCUCCGUUUGGUGGCCAUGAAGAUCUUUGAGGACUACACUCGGUCCUGGUACUGGAUCCUUCUGGGUCUGGUGAUUGCCAUGGUCGUCAGCCUCAUUUUCAUCAUCCUCAUGCGCUACUUGGCUGGAAUAAUGGUCUGGGUUAUGAUCGUCAUGGCCAUCCUUGUUAUUGGAUAUGGGAUUGUCCACUGCUACAUGGAGUACGCCAGACUGAAGCAGCAGCCAGGCUCUGACAUCACCCUCCAAGACAUCGGGCUGCAGACCGAUUUUGCCGUCUACUUGGAGAUCCGCCAGACCUGGCUCGCUUUCAUGAUCAUUCUGUGCAUCCUGGAGGUGAUCAUUGUUCUGCUGCUCAUCUUCCUCAGGAAGAGAAUCCUUAUUGCCAUCGCCCUCAUCAAGGAGGCCAGCAGGGCGAUCGGUUAUGUGAUGUCUUCACUCUUUUACCCUCUGCUCACGUUUGCCCUUGUCGCCCUGGUGAUUGCAUACUGGGCCAUCACUGCCGUCUUCCUUUCCACCUCGAAUGAACCCGUCUACAAGGUGUUCAAUGAGACAGACUGCCCACAUUCCCGUGAGACCUGUGAUCCCAAGACGUUCAACACCUCCAACAUCUCGGCCGUUUGCCCCGAUGCCCAGUGUCUGUUUGCCUUCUACGGAGGAGAGACGUACUACCACAAGUACCUCAUCCUUUUCCAGUUCUACAACCUCUUCCUCUUCUUCUGGUGUGCCAACUUUGUGACAGCACUGGGGCAGGUGACACUCGCAGGAGCUUUCGCCUCCUACUACUGGGCUCUGAAGAAGCCUGAUGACCUGCCAGCCUUCCCCAUCUUCUCAUCCCUCGGACGGGCACUCAGGUACCACACAGGUUCCCUGGCUUUCGGAGCUUUGAUCCUGUCCAUUGUCCAGGUGAUCAGGGUGCUGCUGGAAUACCUUGACCACAAACUGAAGGGAGCCCAGAACAAGUUUGCCAAGUUCCUGCUCAGCUGUCUCAAAUGCUGUUUCUGGUGCUUGGAAAAAUUCAUCAAGUUUCUCAACAGGAAUGCCUACAUCAUGAUGGCGAUAUAUGGGAAGAACUUCUGCUCAUCUGCCCGGGAUGCUUUCUUCCUCCUGAUGAGGAACAUUGUCAGGGUGGCUGUGCUGGACAAGGUGACAGACUUCCUGCUCUUUCUGGGCAAGCUUUUAAUCGUCGGCCUUGUUGGGAUUUUUUCAUUCUUCUUCUUUUCGGGGAGGAUAAAGGCCACUGAGGAUGUAGGCUUCACUCUUAACUACUACUGGGUACCGAUUCUGACGGUGGUGGUCGGCUCCUACCUCAUCGCUCAUGGCUUCUUCAGCGUGUACGCCAUGUGUGUGGACACACUCUUCCUCUGCUUCUUGGAGGACUUGGAGCGGAACGACGGGAGCAUGGAGAGGCCAUACUACAUGCCGGAGAGCCUUCUGAAGGUCUUGAAGAAGAGGAACGAUGCCAAGGCUGUGGAUUAACCCUCUUUUUACUGGAGGCAGGAAGGAGUUGAGGUUCGGGAUCGGAGACUAAAUCCAUCCGGUGCAGCUGCCAUUAGAGCAAUACUUCUGAAGAACAAUUAACUCUGUUGCAACCGUCUUCACCUUUUGUAAGAAUACACCAUGUAGAGUCUUUUGUGCUACAGGUAUCAUUCCGUAUCAGCAAUAUGUAGGAAGAGCAGUAUCGCACCUUCUGUGGAGAUCUGUGUGAUGCUGGCGAAAACCACAAGUAUUGUUUCUUGGGACCAGUCUAGUUUUUCGGGUAUAAAGUGCAUUUAUUAAGACAUAUAUUUUUUAAAUAUAACAGACAGCUUUCUACCACUGUGAUAAAAAGGAUCUAACCAUUAUCUGUAUGGGCUGUGUCCUUGUUUUAGUAUGCACAAAGAAAUGUGGUUUUUAAUAUGAGUGAUAUCAGGACAAUUAAUCAUAUUUUUUCAUAAUUUGCAUAUGGCACACUGUAAUAAGAGACUGCAUAUUUUCAGCUUUGCAAUUGUUACUUAUUUUUUAGUUGUGGAAAUAUUACACCAUAAUACAAGCACAAUGUUUGGGAUUAAAAGCCAUUAACAACACAAAUACUGGCAAAUAUUUAAGGUACACUUUUAGUCUAAAACAGAUAUUUCUUGAGCUUUGUAAAUAAAUUGUCUAUAUAUUAUUACUGUAGCCUUGAGACAUUCUGUUCUAAGUAAUGGUUAUACGCUUUUGCCUUAAAAUGGUGUGACGUGUUUACUAGAAGUUACAUUUUCAAAAUUGCAGAUCUGUAAAACAUGGUAAUAGCACACACACACGUUGUCUGAGAAA